AAACGAAGGGAUUCUCUGACAGUCACAGAAAAGAAAGCCUAUUGGGUUCUUCCAUCAGCCGUGAAAUCUGUGCCUUAUUCCAGAGUAAAAGAUAUCAAAUUUUCUAAAACUCCUUCCAGUGCUGCUUCAGUCAUCAAAGAAUCAUCUGUUGGAGCCCCUUCAGAGGCUGAACUUACUGAAUUUUUUAAUAACAUCAAUAAGUGCCUUUCUAAGCCAGCUAUUUUGUCCCUAAUACCUGACCAUGCAGUUUUCUAUGUUCCAAAGUCUCUAACUCCUGAUCUACCUGAUGUGCUGUCCAAUUUGUAUGAUGAAAGCCUAGCUAAUGCAGACUACCCAACUUUACUGGAAAAGGCCAACAAAAUAGUUGAAGAACUUCAAGUCACUAAGAAACAACAGGCAUUGGUGGAGGAAAGGACUCGAGAUCAGGCAGACUCGAGACUUUGGUUUAGAAUGAGGACUGGGCGCAUAACAGCAUCCAAGUUUAAGAAUGCCUGUGACACAGAUCCCUCUUGCCCAUCACAUUCCCUGAUCAUGAGCAUAUGCCACCCAGAAAUGGCACGGUUCAGCACGGAGGCCACUAAGUGGGGCUGCCAGCUUGAAAAAGUAGCCAAGGAAACCUAUGCAAGUUUUCAAAACGGGAAACACAAGAACUUUAGUAUGUCAUAUUCAGGCCUCUUUGUGAGCACGGACCACUCCUACCUUGGAGCAUCGCCAGAUGGGUUAGUCUGCUGUGAUUGCUGUGGAGCUGGUGUAUGUGAAAUUAAGGUUUUAAUUUGCGCUUGGGUGAAGUUUUUAUAUGGCGGUGAUAUGUUAGAUUUUGUAGUAAAGAUACCAGAUGACUUUUUUAAUAAUGUAAGAUUGUUUAUUAAUUAUAGUCUGCAACUGAUAUGGCCAGGUUAGCUCAUGUUUGCAAAUACAUGUUUUAUUGAUCUUUCUAAUUAACAAAUAUAACAUGUUCAAUUUCUCAGCCAGUGACUUAGGAAAGACAUUCCUAAUCCUUGGAUUCUUUUGGUCAUUUUGAUUAGAAAUUCCAAGGCUGAAUUUUGGAUCGUUUUAAUUAAACUGAAGACAUUACACUUCCAUAAACUUUGAUUUUUUUUUUAGUGUCCAUUUUGUCACAAGAAUGAUGACAUCUCCACAUCUGCCCAGGACAAGAAUUUUUGCUUGGAGGUGACAACAACAGGAGCACAUUGACUCAAGCAAAAUCAGCAAUAUUAUUACCAGGUCCAGUUGCAGCUGAUGUGCACAGAUUUGAAAUAUAUUGAUUUUGUUGUUUGGACUAAAAAGGGUCUUUUUAUUGAGAGAAUUUUUCCAGACAAACUGUUUUGGGGGUAGAAGGUUCCUGAAGCAAAAGAGUUUUUUGUGCGAGCAAUUUUACCUGAGGUUAUGGGCCGAUGGUACUUGAGACCAGUCACAUCUUCAGCAGAUGGGUCUGCUACAGUGGAAGGGGGAAAUGUUAAUGAAUUUUGUUAUUGUAGGGGUGGAGAACAUGGGCAAAUGGUUGGAUGUGAUGAUGGAAGGUGCAGCUAUCAGUGGUUUCACUUGGAAUGUCUAAAAUUAAACACAUUUCCAAAAUCAAAUACAUGGUACUGUCCAGAUUGCCAAAAGCGACAAAAGGGGAAAUCUAUGUGAAGCGAGUAGGCAGUUACAGCAUGGGUGGAAUCUCAAGUUAAGAAUACUGACAAUAUUUGAGUAAUUUUUUUUAAACAGAUAAAACCAACUCAUGAACUUCUACAUUUUUCUAUCAUGAGAUUCAAAUACAGCUAACAACUAGUUAAAAAUUGUUGUAUGGAAAUUUAAGAUAAGGAUAAUAUUAAAGUGUUUAAUGAAAUGGAA